GAUUUUUCCACAGACUAAGGAGGAUUGGAAGGAGAAGACAAAGGGCACAAAAGGAUGGAUGGAUUCAUAGACCAUAGGUUUAGAAGACUUUGAAAACUCCGAAACAGCCUCGUCUCUGGGCAUUUCUUUCAUCUCUUCCUCUUCUUGAGACUUUUCAUAAUUAUUAUUUGUUAAUUAAUCGAAGAUUAUUUUACUAUUAAUUGCGUUACACGCAUUGGCUGCUCCCCUCCUCCAUUGGCUUUCGGUGCUUCAACUAUUGAGCUUGUUGGCGAAUAAGAGAGAGAGGACACAGAUCAGUUCUUGAGCCAAUUAGUUGAAGUUUGACUUUUUUCGAUUGAUUUGCAUUUUGGAGGUGACCCCAGUUAAAGAUUUGCGUGGAGAUUCUGUUUGAAGUAUACCUCGCACUAAAGUGAGGAUUUGGAUGAGUUCUAUAAAUCAUUGUGGAGAUCCAAUUUUCAUUAAUCAGUUGGAGAUUUUGCAUAAAGGACUAUUUGUAUAUUGGAGAUUGCCCAGGGCUCUAGUCAAUAUUUUGGGUUUCGAUGUCUAAAGUCUCUGAGAUGGUAGAAACGUCCGCAGCUCCAGAUCAGCUGGAUAUCAAGUUUAGGCUGAUUGAUGGAUCGGAUAUAGGCCCCAAGAGUUAUCCUGCUGCUGCUAGUGUGGCGACCUUGAAAGAAAGCAUCCUUGCUCAAUGGCCUAAAGAUAAGGAAAAUGGUCCUCGGACAGUGAAAGAUGUCAAGUUAAUAAGUGCUGGAAGAAUAUUGGAGAACAGUAGAACAGUCGGGGAAUGCAUGAGUCCAUUGUGUGAUGUCCCCGGUGGAGUUACAACCAUGCACGUUGUUGUUCAACCACCUCCUCAAGAAAAAGAAAAGGUGCCAAGUGACCCCAAGCAGAACAAGUGUGGUUGUGUCAUAUUGUGAGAAUCGGCUCUUAAAGCAGCAUUACACUCAGUUGGUUCAGACAGACAGAGGUGGAGAAUGUGGAUUUGGUAGAAUAGAGAGUGAGGUCAAGGGGAUUGCUGACCCAAGUAAGGUUGCUGUUGUUGAGUCCGAUUGAAAACUCCAGGCACAUGUGUCACCAUAUGAGUUUCUGCACUUCCAUUUUCACUUCUUUUGUUGUUCAUCAUCCCACAGUCCAAUUACGUAAUCAUGGCUGCAAUUCAUCAAUUGAAAAUUGUUGCUUCAAAUAAAUGCCUAAUGUGUAAAUACUAUACUGUAAUUCUCGUUCAAUUCAGCAGCUUAGCCUGGGCGCUCAGUUGUGUGCCUUGUGCUUGAAAGUUGAAACUCAGCCGUGAUGUAAUUAGGGUCAAAACUCGCAUUUUUCUUUCUUAUAACUGUACCAGGUGGCGAACCUAAAUAUAUAUAUCUACACAUGGAAGAAGCUGGAUUUAUGCA